AUGGCUUCCUCUAGCUUAUUGGAUCCACGAACAUUGGAAUCUACCAAAAAUGCCAUUGCCGCGUUUAUGAAGAAUGCCUUUAAUCGUUCCAACAUUUCCACCACGGCUAUCGUGUGCUCUGCCGUCGUUGGUUUCUUUGCAUAUGAACAAUAUUGGUAUUUGAGCAAGAAAAAGUCGCUUCCCGGCCCCAAGUUCAAGAUUCCCAUCAUCGGCGCAUUUUUGGAUUCUUUGUAUCCUACCUUUGAAGGUUACAUGUCCAAAUGGAAGAGCGGUGAACUUUCGUGCGUGAGUGUAUUUGACAGAUUUGUUGUGAUUGCAUCCACCUGUGAAAUCAGCCGCAAGAUCCUCAACUCGCCUGCUUUUGCUGAACCUACCGUGGUGGAUUCCAUGAAGCAUAUCCUGUGUCCUGACAACUGGGUGUUUUUGGGUGGCAAGGCUCAUGUGGAUUACCGUAGAGGAUUAAAUGUGCUUUUCACUCGAAGAGCUCUUGGUAUCUACAUUCCUAUUCAGGAAAAGGUGUACGAGCGUCACUUUAAUGAAUGGCUUUCAUUGAACGGCAAGGUGGAGCCUUAUCAGUUACGUUUCCGUGAAAUCAAUAUGGAAGCUUCUUUGCGUGUGUUUUUGGGCGACUUUAUGUCCGACGAGGUUGCAAAGACCAUUUCUCAAGAGUACUUCAAUAUUACUGCCGCCCUUGAGCUUGUCAACUUCCCCAUUCCUUUGCCAGGCACCAAGGUGUACAAGGCCAUUCAAUCUCGCAAGUACAUUGUCAACCACUUUAUUGAGAGUAUCAAGGAUGGCCGUCGUCGUUUGAACAACAACGAGGAACCCAAGUCAAUGAUGGAUGCAUGGUUACGUGCCAUGAAGGAGGAUGAGAUUGAGGCGGAGAAGAAUGGCAAACCUGCACCUCGCAAGUUCGAUGACCGCGAAAUCGCCCUCACCAUUCUCACCUUUUUGUUUGCCAGUCAAGAUGCCACUUCCUCUGCUCUCACUUGGGCUUUCCAAUUACUUGCUGAUCACCCCGAUGUCCUUGAUCGUGUGCGUGAAGAACAAAUUCGUCUCCGUGGUAUCGAUAACCUUAACCAAGCCUUGACCCUUGAAUUGAUGGAAGAAUCCACCUACUUGCGUCAAGUCGUCAAGGAAAUCUUGCGUUUGCGUCCACCCGUUUUGAUGGUUCCUUACAAGACCGUACGUGAAUGGCCAAUCACUGAAAAUUACACUGUCCCCAGCGGUGCCAUGAUCAUUCCCACCACUUAUCCUGCUCUCCACGAUCCCGUUGCUUAUCCUAACCCUGAAAGCUUUAAUCCCGAUCGAUGGGGUCCUGAAGGCCACGCUGAAAAAUAUCCCAAGAACUUUAUGGUCUUUGGUAACGGUCCUCAUCAUUGUCUCGGCAAGGAAUACGCUAUUAUGCAUUUGAUGGCUAUCAUUGCUCAAGCAUCUCUUCAACUCGAAUGGACCCAUUAUCGUACCGAAAAGAGCGAUGACAUUUCCAUCUUCGCUACCAUCUACCCGCAGGACGGUUGCAUCAUGAGCUUCAAGAAGCGUGAAAUGCCCACAUCUGCAUAA